UCUCAGAAGAUAACUUACACAAGCUGUCACUGGGGUGGUACCCUUUCAAAUAGUACACCUUUGUACCUAAAGAGUGCAUAUAAUGGGUACAAAUGUACCUAUAUCUGUACCUAAAUGGUAAAUAUUAGGACCCAUUUAAAGGGUACCGUCCCAGUGACAGCUUUUGUACCUUUUGUUCUGAUAGUGUAGGGCCCAAAAUUUAUUCAAGCCCAGGGGCCUCCACCCUGUUAAGUCCUGCCCUGCCCGUUACCAUUCCCUGUGGACACAGUUACUGUAUGAGCUGUAUUACAGACUGCUGGGAUCAAGAUGAUCAGAAGAGAGACUACAGCUGCCCUCAAUGCAGACAGACCUUCAAUACAAGACCUGUUUUAAAUAAAAACACCAUGUUGGCUGAAGUUGUGGAGAUACUGAAGAAGACAAAACUACAAGCUGCUCGUCCUGAUCACUGUUAUGCUGAAGCUGGAGAUGUGAAGUGUGACGUCUGUACUGAGAGAAAACACAAAGCUGUCAAGUCCUGUCUGGUGUGUCUGAACUCUUACUGUCAAAAUCAUCUUGAACAACAUGAGAAUUUAUUCAAAGGCAAGAGGCACAACCUGAUAGACGCCACUGGACGACUUCAGCAGAUGAUCUGCCCUCAACAUGAGAAACUUUUAGAGAUUUACUGUAAAACUGAUCAGCUCUGUAUAUGUUAUCUGUGUAUGGUGGAUGAACACAAUGAACAUAAGACUGUAUCAGCUGCAGCAGAGAGGACUGAGAAACAGAAAGAAAUGAAGGAGACGGAGAAAAAAUAUCAGCAGAGAAUCCAGGAGAGUCAGAAGAAGCUUCAGGAGCUGAGAGAUGUUGUGGAGACUCAUAAGCGCUCUGCACAGACAGCAGUGGACGACACUGAGAGGAUCUUUACUCAACUGAUCACAUCCAUUGAGAGAAGACGAUCUGAGGUGAUACAGCUGAUCAGAGAUCAGGAAAAGACUGCAGUGAGUGAAGCUGAAGGACUCUUGAAGCGACUGGAGCAGGAGAUUGAUGAUCUGAGGAGGAGAGACGCUGAGCUGGAGCAGCUUUCACACACAGAUGAUCACAUUCAUUUCCUCCAGAGUUUUCAGUCUCUCUCUGUUCCUCCUGGAUCUUCAGACUCACUCAGCAUCACUGUCAGCUCUCUCAUCUCUUUUGAUGAUGUAGGAAAAUCAGUGUUUUAUCUGAGAGAGAAACUGGAGGAUUUGUUCAAAGAAGAGAUAGAAAAGAUGUUUGAUAGUGAGACCAGAAAGCAGUUUCUAAAAUAUCAUCAUCACUUCACUGCAGAUCCAAACACAAUGAAUAAACUUCUCCGUCUGUCUGAGGGGAACAGAGUGAUUACUUACACUUAUACAGUUCAGCCGUAUCCUGAUCAUCCAGACAGAUUUGAUGUUUAUUCUCAGGUGUUGUGUAGUGAGAGUGUGAGUGGACGCUGUUACUGGGAGGUUGAGUGGAGUGGUGGGGUGUUUAUAUCAGUGUCAUAUAAGAGCAUCAGCAGGAAGGGAGGUUAUAAGUGUGUGUUUGGACGUAAUGAUCAGUCCUGGAGUUUGUUCUGCUCUGACUCCAGUUGUUCAUUCUGGCACAAUAACAAUCAAACUAAACUCCCUGUAGUGCUCAGAUCUUCUAGAAUAGGAGUUUAUGUGGAUCACAGUUCAGGAUCUCUGUCCUUCUACAGCGUCUCUGACACAAUGACCCUCAUCCACAGAGUCAACACCACAUUCACUCAACCUCUCUAUCCUGGGUUUUUCGUGUCUGGAUCAGUGAAACUGUGUGAUAUAACAAUAUAGACAUAAUAAUAUUGUCAUGUCAGAUGUUUGUCAUAUCAGAACUUGAUGAAUUAACAACCAUUUAAUUAACCAACGCCUGUUAAAAUCAAGCAGUAAAAUAAUCAAAUCGUAUUUAAUAAUGACAGUAGAUUGUAAAUAAAGGAACAGAAGGAAUAUAAAGAGUCAUCUCAGACAGUAACAACAGAUCAUACUGUAUGUACUGUAUAAGUCUUCACAAGCAAGAUUGAUAAAAGUUCUUCUGAUUUACAUUUAUUGACCCACUAUGUCCAUUUAUUCUGCAAAUGUAUUUUGUAAAAGGGUUUGAGCUUUAAGUAAACUAAUUUAUACCCAGCUGUGGUUAAGGAUCUCAUACAAAUGUAUGUGUUUUUGUCAGCAUAAAUCUAUCAUUUUAAAUUCA